AUGAUUCAGAAGAGGAAGUGGGUUAGGAAAAAAGGAGUGAAAAAGAGUGGGGGGAUUCUAGCCAAUCAACAGGUUUUGGAGAAUUCAAAGAGACAACUUGUAGAGGUUAUGGUACUGAAGGUCCCAUUGAAGACUGUGUGUGUGUGUGGGAAGAGCAAACAUGAUGUAUGUGGUGUGAGUGUGAGACUAUCAUUGAAUCAACCAGAGGUGGUGUUGGAUGACCAACACCGCCUAUCCCAAUGA